AUGUUCCAAUUUAUCAAAGACUCCUUUGAAUAAGUGGCAUCUAAAGUCAAACAGAGUGGAAUCCCUUCCAAUUCAGGAAAAGUCAACUUAAGUCAAUUCGAAGACUAGUAGUCAUCCUUUAAAACUGCUAUAUAUCAGAAGUAUUUGAGAAAAAAGCUAAUCAAUAAAUUGAAUUAAUUUGUUGGCAAGAAGGUGCUUGUCAUUGAUUAAUUUAUUGCAGACAUGCUUAAUUUGGUUGUUGAAUCAAUGUAGAUUCUGAAAGAAAAUGAUGUUGAUUAAAUCUAUUACAUUGAUUCCGAUUAAUUGAAUGUAGAAGUUAAUUAGAUUAUAUUUUUUGUGAAUCCUGAUAGAUAAUACAUGAAAAGAAUAGUAAGAAUCAUUAGAAACAAUUAACUUGAGAAUUUGAACAAAAAAUACUUACUAAUCUUCUGCCCUAGAAUGAAUAUUGUAUGCAAAGAUUAUUUAGAAAAAGAGGCUGUUUUGGGUGACUUAGUCAUAACCAAUUUUAAUUUCGAUCUAAUACCUAUAGCUAAUGAUUUGCUAUCUUUGGAAAUCAAUAAUUGCCUUUGGCCAUUAUAUAUUGGACAAGAUAUGAAAAUUUUGUAAACUGUGGCUGAGUCUAUUCAAAGAAUGGAAUUAGUGCAUGGCAAAUUUAAGAAUAUUUAUGCCAAAGGAAAUUAUUCUAAAUAUAUCAUCGAUAUACUCAAAUAAAAAAAGCAAUAAGGAGAAUUGAUUGAAGAUGAAGUUAGUUUUAAGGAAUCUAAAAUGCAUACACUCUUGAUUAUUGACAGAAGAGUAGAUUUCAUCACUCCUAUGUUGACUCCCUUCACAUAUGAAACAUUGAUUGAUGAAGUGUUUUCAAUUAAGCAUAAUUCCAUCAAUCUAGAUAUUAUUAAAAACGAUUAAGCCUUAAAAGACAGACCAAAAACGAUGAAACUCAAUGAUUCUUAUUACAAUAGAAUAAAAAUUAUGAAUAUUAAGUAAUGUCAAAGGGUUCUUGAAGAAAGGAGAUAGAAUAACAAAUAGAUGAUUUAAUCCAUGAAAUAAUAAGAUAAUAUAAUGAAUAUGAGUGAUAUGAAUUAAUAUCUCACCAAAUUAUGA